AUGUCACCUGAACCCUUCCCACCUGAGUCUCUUCCUAAGACGCCACAACAGCAACAUGAGUCGAGUCACAUCUAUGGAAAUGCGGCCCACGAACAAAGUAAAUCGCUUGUGGCAAUGUUUGAGUCCUUUCUGAAACAACAACACCAGGGCACGCCCGGAAGAUCUGGGAUAGUAUUGCCGGGAGAACCGUCGCCACUGACAUUUGCGUUGGGGGAAUUCCAGCAUAGAUACGGCCGAGGACUUCACCACGUGGGCCGUCAGAUCGAGGAAAGGGCAUCUGUGGCCGAAGCCGAGCAUGGCGUGCAUCCGCCUCAUCUGGCUGAAUGUGAUGUUGCCUGGUUGAAAGCCAAGGGUGCAUUCGACCAUCCCGACGACGGCAUUUCUGACACCCUUCUAAGAGUGUAUCUGGAAAGGUUUCAUCCUCUCUAUUCUAUUGUGCGAAAAGAUCGUUUCGAAACAGCAUUCCGCCAAAGAAAGCUUCCAUGGAUAAUUCUGCAUGCGGUCUGCUUCAUCAGUGUCACCUUUUGCGACCGAGCUGUGAUAUACCAAUCACAGUUCAUGUCGCGACUAGAAGCACGCCUUUAUUACUAUAACAAGGCAAAAGCACUAUUUACGAUGGACUACGAAACAGACCGACUUGCACUGCUAAAAGCAGUUAUUAUGCUCAGCUUCUGUGGACCUCAGCUGCAAAGCCAUUGGAGUCCUGGCAGUUGGAUUGGCUUUGGAGUUACCAUCGCUGUGUCGCUUGGUUUGCACCGAGCUACUGGGUCGUUCCGUGCAAAUUCCAGCGAAGACAGAGGAUUACUGCGCCGUUUAUGGUGGACAUUGGUCAAUCGGGACGCGCAUCUUUCAGCACUACUUGGUCGGUCGAUGCGGGUGAAUCUUUCACUAUGCGACACUGACUUACUAACGUUGAAUGACUUCGAGGAUGAAAUGACAUGCUCCCACCAAAAUGACCUCAGCUGCAUCUGCAAGCAGACAAUCCACUAUCAAAUACAAAUGGCCAAACUUUCUAUUAUUCUUCGCAGAAUCUUGCUCCAUCGCUUUGGUCCCACCAAGAGUACAACAACAGUUGAAGAACUACAUCAAAGAAUUGUUGAUUGGCAAUCGAAACUCCCUAGUUCUUUUAGUUCGGGUCAACAGACAUCCAAUCCCUUCGUGCCUAACCUCGUUGUCAAGAUCCUUUUCAACUACCACCUCCUCAUUCUACAUAUGGAACGACCAGAACGAAUCUCAUCUGCUUUUGAUCAUAACUCAUCACUCAAUGAAAAUCGAUCCGUAGCAGUUGCCCAAGCAGCAGCAUCAGCCAUUGCUUCAACUGCUGUUACUAUUAUGAAGAGGUCGAUAAUAUACGCCUUACCUCACGAGGUCUUCCCGGCUUUUUUCCUUGCUGGCAUUAUCUUAUCCAGACAGGCCAGUCAGCAUAAUCCUGCAAUCGCUGAAAAUUGUCUCGCAUCUCUGGACAACUGCCAAAUUGUCCUGAACGAAGCCCGGGAGUCGUGGGACUCAGGCAACUGGGCGACAAAGCUGUUCGAGUUUCUUUUGUCUACCUCUAGUGAGACAGAUGAUGCUCACGAUGCAGAGGCACAGCAGGCAACCGGGGCACAUACUGACAUGCAGACUUCUCUGAACACCGCCGCUUCGGGGAUUGAUUAUCCUAUGAUAGAUUUACCCCCCCAGAGCAUCUUGCCUUCUCUCGAUGCAAGCACAAGGUUUGAUGAGAGUGGUCCAUUUGAGCUGGGAGACCUACUUCUUAUGCCCAACCUCUGGUUGCCUGAGGACGAUGGAUUGCAGACGUUCACAAUGUAA